GUGGUGUAAAAAUUAAUUAGAUUUAGAAAGAAUAAUAUAGAUUCCCAAUUUUGGAAAUAUUUCUUUUGCAAGAACAAAUUAAAAAGAUUUAAAUUAAUCUUCUGAUACAAAAUCUAUGAUAAUAUAUUUUAGUGAUAAUUUGAUUUAUGAAAAAAAUCUUAAAUAUCGUGGUGAAAUAGAUAAUAGCAAUUAUCCCCCAAUAAAAAUAAACUAUAAUGCUGUGCAUAAAUUGUGUUAAGACCUAAAUAAAUAAUCAGUAAAAUUAUCAAUUGAUUCUGUAUUUAAUGAUAUUAGCGAUUUACUAAACAUAAAUAAUGUAGAAAUAGAUUUAGGAUAUUUAGGAAAGAUAAAUUGUUUUGAAAAAACACUUAGUUUAGAGCCAUUUAUUCUUAAUAAAAAAUCCCAAAACUUAAAAUCAAAAUCAACUGUCCGUUCUCUUCUUGACUAAAGAAAAGUUAAUAGUCACUAAGAAUAAUCACCUACACGUCGCUACAAAUAAUAUAUUGUAAAAAUAGAUCCAGAAUUAUUAGCUGCUGGUACUGAUCCAUUGUCAAAAAAUUAAGACUUUUCUAAAUUAGCUGGAAAUGCAUCAAAUUUAAUGAAAGCUUAAUUUACUAAACCUCCUAAUUCAAGCGUUCGUUUUCCACCUAUAUUAGAUAAGUUUUCAAGGACAUUAGCUUCCCCAUUGUCUUCAUAGAAACAUAAUUUAUCUAUUAGUAAUAGAAUAGCAUCUAAUUAUACACCUUCAUCUCGAAAACUAUAUUUUGAUUACGAAUCUAAAGGCAUUAAGAUAUCUAAAUUAUUCAAUUCUGCAGUAUAAUUUACAGCUAACGAAGAAUUAUUACAAAAACCUGCCACUUUUGAAGAAGAAUUAUUAUAUGUAGUAGCAGGAGUUCGAAAUAUGGAAUUAAAUAGUAAAAUUUAAGCAAAAAAAACCUGCUAUGAAAGAUAUAAGAUGUAUAUAGAAAAUGAAAUUCCAAUCGAAUUUGUGGCUCCAAUAAAUAAUUAUUGGAUUACUGAUAUUUUAGAUUUGAUUCCUCACUAGUUAUAAUAUGUAGAUAGAGGUGUAAUGGAAAAUAUGAUAAAUUAAAUGCUUAAUGAAAUAAAUAAAGAUUAUUAUGAUUCAGUUAGAAAAUCUAUUCUUGAUUAUGUACUUAAGGAUGAUACUGAAAUGGCUAGAAUAGGUAUUAUGGAAAUUUAUGAUCCUAUUAUUGAUUAUGGAGAUAAUUAUUAUAAAGGACUUGAACCUGAUUAAGAAUGGAAAGAUCAUGUAAAUCAUGCUAAAUAAGAAAUUAUUGCUAGCUUAGUUAUUAAUUCUAAAGCCACUCUUAAUUUAAUGAAUUUAUGGAAAAAAUAUGAAAAAAUGCAUUUUUUAGUUUUACCUACUAAAAAAGAUUAGACUAUGACUAUUUAAAAUUUCCUUGAAAUAUAAAUUAAGAAUAUUACUGAAGUUAAAAAUCAUUUAGUUUCUGAAUGGCAUAAAGAUGUUAUUGAUAUUUAUUAGGAAGAACUUAAUCAAAUGAAUAAAAAUAAAAGAUAAGCCAUAUUGUUCUUUAAUUCAAAUGCUACUUUAAUGUCUAAUUAGAUUAGAUAAUUAGUAUCUGAUUCUCUUUUGUUAUACAAAAAUUUCUUUUAACGUUUUAAUAAAAGUGAAUUACUUGCUCCUUCUCUAAUAAUUGAAAGAGAAAAAAAUCAACAAAAUAUUAUCGAAGAUGUAUUUUUACAUGUGAAGCUUAUUGCUAAUUCUGAUAAAGUCGAAUUUGCUGAUGAUUUAUAUGAAAUUAUAAAAAAUGAAAUCCUUAAGAUUAUUGAUGAUAUUAUUGCUACUACUUAAGGAUUCCCAAGACCUGAAAAUACAAUAGCAAAAAGUGUAGUAAAAUCUCUUUGGGCAGUUCCGAAAGAUGAUGAAGUUUAUUUAAGAGUAAAGAAAGAAAUAAAUGAUAUUUUAGAUAAAAAUUUAAGAAAUGUAAAUGAAGUUCUACAUAUUUAUAAUAAAUACGCUUACUUAUUAGAAGAAAAGUCAAAAGUAUCUGUUUGGACAAAAUAAGAACAUAAAAGAGAAGAAUUUUUAAGUGAAAUAAGUAAAUAUAAAAACACUUAUAAUGAAUUAAAUAAAGAAAUCCCUUUUUAUGUAAGAACUAAUAUGAUUUUAGUUGAUGGAGUUGAUGUAAAAAAACAAUACUUAUAAAUAUGUUUGGAUAUAGUUUAGAUAUUAUAAGCAUCAAUUCAUUAAUAUUUAUUAACCAAAAACGGAGAUAUUGCAAAAGAAAUAACUAAUUCUUAAGAUUUUAUUAAGGCAAAAGCUGAAAAUUACGAAAAAAUGAAAUAAUUGGAAGUAAAGAUUGAUAAUAUUAAAAGAGUCGAAUAUAAAAAAAUAUUAUAAGAAUUCCAAGAAGUUAAACUUUGGUUUAAUUUAUUAUAUGGAACUGCACAUAAAAUUAGUGAGGAAGAUCUCAAAUAACUUUAUAUUACUGCUAGUUUAGUUCACGGAAUGCCUGGAUUUGUUGAUAACGAAGAAAAUAGACUUUUUAAAGAAAAAGAAGAAUUAGAUAUAAAACUUAAGAAAAAGAAAGAUGAUUUUGAAAAUAAUAUCAUCGAAUUGUAUUCUAAAAUUGAUACUAUUAAUACUACUUAUACAAAAAAAGAAUAUGAUAAGGUUGAAGCUUGUAAAGCUAUCGAAUAAUAUGCUUUUACACUUUAAGAAUAUAUUUAAGAGAUGUAAGAAAUUAAUAUAAGAGAAGAUUUAAUGGGAUUAUAAUAAACUGAAUUCCCAAAACUUCAAGAAGCUGAAAAUAAUUUAAAACCUUAUUAAGAUUUAUGGUUCUCAAUAAGAGAUAGUAAAGUAGAUAGUUUGAAAAACAAACCAAUAUUAACAUUAGAUCCUGAAGACAUAGAAAAAGAAAUAAAAUAAAUGCUUAUGACAUUCAAUAAAUUAAAAAUAAUGUUUGGAAAAUAAAAAGGAAUGUAAAAUCCUCUAGAUUUAACCGAAGAAAUGUUAGACGAACUAAGGAAUUUUCAAAAGCAUUAAGUAUUAAUUCAUGUAUUUUCCAAUAAAGGGUUAAAAUAAAGACAUUGGGAGGAAAUAUCAAUUAUAAUAGAUACAUAAGUAGAUCCGAAUAAGAAAGAUAUGAUGACUUUAUAAAGAUUUAUUGCAAUGAAUUUGGAUUAAAAGUAUGCGAAAUUAGAAGAAGUAUCUGACUCUGCAUCAAAGGAAUUCGCAAUUGAAAAAAUAAUGGAAAAAAUGAAAGAAGAUUGGGCUGGUAUAGCUACUGAAUUAAAACCUUGGAAAGAUACAGGAACUUUUAUUGUCGCAGGCACAAGUGUAGAUGAAGCAUAAUAAAUUUUAGAUGAUUAAAUAGUAAAAACUAUGACUAUGAAAGGAUCUCCUUAUGCGAAAAUAUUUGAAGAAAAGCUUCUCGAUUGGGAAGAUUGGUUAAAUUAUACUCAGAGCUUAUUUGAUUAUUUUGUUAAAGUUUAAUCUGUUUGGCUUUAUUUAGAACCGGUUUUGACUUCUCCUGAUAUCGCUAAGCAUUUGCCUGCUGAAGCAGAUGAAUUUAAAAAAGUUGAUUUUGAUUGGAAAAAUCAAAUCAUGGGAAGAGUUAGUAGAGACCCUAAAGUUUUAGAAUAUACAAAAGAUAGAAGAAUGCUAGAAAUUUUGAAAGAAUCUCAUAUAAAACUUGAAAAAAUUUAAAAAGGUCUUAAUUCUUAUUUAGAAGGAAAAAGAUCUAAUUUCCCAAGAUUCUAUUUCUUAUCUAAUGAUGAAUUGCUUGAAAUUUUAUCAGAAACUAAAGACCCUUAAAGAGUUUAACCUCAUUUAAAAAAAUGCUUUGAAGGAAUUUAAAAAUUAUAAAUUGAUGCUGAUAAAAAUAUUCAUGGAAUGUAUUCUUCAGAGAAUGAAUAUGUUCCUUUCAUUUCAUCUGUGAAUACUAAUGAUGCUCGAGGAAAUGUUGAUGAAUGGUUACUUUGGGUCGAAGAAAGAAUGAUUAAAUGCGUACAUAAUGUUACUUCUUAAGCCUUCACAGACUAUGAAUAAAUGGAAAGAAAUGAUUGGGUUAUUGGAAGGUGUGGAAUGGCAGUACUUUGCGUAAAUAUGACUUAUUGGACCUAUGGAACUGAAAAGAGUUUAAGAGAAGAAGGUAAAGUAGGAGUUUAAGUAUUUGAAAAUACUUGCACUGAAGGUUUACUUAAAAUAGUUGAUUUGGUACGUUCUAAUAUUUCGCCUUUGGACAGAUGUACUAUAGAAGCUCUUAUAGUGUUAGAUGUGCAUAAUAGAGACUGCAUUUCGCUUUUAGUUUCUAAGGAAACUGAGCUAGUAACUGAUUUCUAAUGGUAAGCAUAAUUAAGAUAUUAUUGGGAAAAUAAUGAUACCGUUGUUAGAAUAAUUAACGCUGUAUGUGAAUAUAAUUAUGAGUAUUUAGGAAACUCAGCUAGAUUAGUCAUAACUCCUCUAACAGAUAGAUGUUAUAGAACUUUAUGUGGAGCCAUUCAUUUGAAUUAUGGUGGAGCGCCUGAAGGUCCUGCAGGAACUGGAAAAACGGAGACUGUCAAAGAUUUAGCAAAGGCACUUGCUCGAUAAUGUGUCGUAUUUAAUUGCUCCGACGGGCUUGAUUAUAAAGCUAUGGGAAAAUUCUUUAAAGGAUUGGCUAGUAGUGGGGCUUGGAGUUGUUUUGAUGAAUUCAAUAGAAUUGAUUUAGAAGUACUUUCAGUCGUAGCCUAAUAAAUUUUAACUAUUCAACUUGCAAGAGGAGAAGGAAAAAAAGAAUUCUUCUUUGAAGAUGCUACAAUAAAAUUAAAACCUACUUGUAAUUGCUUUAUUACUAUGAAUCCUGGUUAUGCUGGAAGAUCUGAACUUCCGGAUAAUUUAAAAGCUCUUUUUAGAUCAGUGGCUAUGAUGGUUCCUGAUUAUGCAAUGAUUUCUGAAAUUUGUUUGUAUUCUUAUGGAUUUGCUGAUGCUAGAAAUUUAGCUAGAAAAAUCGUCACCACAUAUAAAUUGUGUUCUGAAUAAUUAUCUUCUUAAGACCAUUAUGAUUAUGGUAUGAGAGCUGUUAAAUCAGUGCUUACUGCUGCUGGAAAUCUCAAGAGAAAAUUUGCUACUGAAAAUGAAAGUAUUCUUAUGCUUAGAGCUAUUAGUGACGUUAACUUGGCGAAAUUUUUGGCUUAUGAUAUUCCGCUAUUUAAAGGUAUUAUUAGUGAUCUUUUCCCUGGUGUUAAAUUGCCAGAAAUAGAUUAUAGAAACAUGUAUGAGUGUAUUUAUGCAACUUUGGAAGUUAUGAAUUUAUAAAAAGUAGAUUAUUUUAUUGAAAAAAUUAUUCAGUUAUAUGAAAUGAUUCUCGUAAGACAUGGUCUUAUGGUUGUUGGAAUGCCUUUUUCAGGAAAAACAUCAUCUAUAAAAGUUUUAUAGGGCGCUUUGACUCUUUUAAGCGAAAGAAAACAAAUGAAUGAAAAUAAAGUAUAAAUUACUGUUAUUAAUCCUAAAUCUAUUACCAUGAAUUAAUUAUAUGGUUGGGCUGAUGAAAUUUCACAUGAAUGGACUGACGGAGUUUUGGCUGUUAAAUUUAGAGCUUUUACUAAAGCUGAUAAUGAAGAUAGAAAGUGGCUUAUAUUUGAUGGACCAGUAGAUGCUGUUUGGAUUGAAAAUAUGAAUACUGUAUUAGAUGAUAAUAAGAAAUUAUGUUUAAAUUCAGGUGAGAUUAUUGCAAUGACAAAACAAAUGAAUAUGAUGUUUGAACCUAUGGAUUUAGCUGCUGCUUCUCCGGCUACAGUUUCUAGAUGUGGUAUGAUUUAUAUGGAGCCAUAAUCUAUGGGUUGGGAACCUUUAUAUGAAAGUUGGAAAAAGAAAUUACCUUCAACUUUCAGGGAAGAAGAUUUUAAUGAAAUAGAUAUGUUAUUCCAUUGGACGAUUAAUAUUUCUUUGAAAUAAUUAAGGCAUGAAUAUAAAGAAAUAUCCCCAACUCAAGAUUAGAAUUUAGUAGUUACAUUAAUGAGAACUUUUAGAGGAUUAUUAAAAGAUUUAGAAAAGCCUGAAACAUAUGAAAAACUAUAAAUUAAAGAAAGAUUCUAACUAAUUGAUAUGAGGUUUGUCUUUGCAUAUAUUUGGUCUAUUGGAGGUUCAUUACCUACUUCAUAAGAUAGAAAGAAAUUUGAUUUAUUUGCAAAAAGACUUUUUAGUAAAGAUAUUGCAGUUCCAAAAGAAGUUGAAAGCAAAAAAAUAUCUUUACCUGAAAGAGGAACUUUGUAUGAUUACAUCUAUAAGGUUGAAGAUAAAAAACCUGAAGGAGAUUGGACAUUAUGGACUAAUCUUAUUAUUUAAGAAGAAAUUCCUGCUAAGAAAAAGCCUAGUGAGAUCCUUGUUUAAACAAGUGACACUGUACGUUAUUCCUUUUUACUAAGACAUAAUAUUAGUGAAGAAAUACCUACACUUUAUUGUGGACCUACAGGAACAGGAAAAUCUAUUUAUGUGAAAAAUAUUCUUAUGAAUGAUUUACCAAGAAGUUAAUAUAUGACUAUAGAAGUAGGAUUUUCUGCUUAGACUUCGGCAAAUGCUACCAUGGAUAUAAUAGAUAAAAAAUUAGAUAGGAAAAAAAAAGGUGUAUUUGGACCUAAAACAGGAAAAUGCGUUAUUUUUGUAGAUGAUUUGAACAUGCCUACAAAAGAAAAGUGGGGUGCAUAACCUCCAAUAGAAAUUUUAAGAUAAAUGAUGGAUUAAGGAGGAUGGUAUGAUUUAUAAGAUAAGGAUAAACCUUUCAAAGAAUUAGUUGAUAUUAUAUUUGUAAGUGCUAUGGGUCCUCCUGGAGGUGGAAGAACAUUCAUAACUGCUCGUUUUUUGAGACAUAUGAAUCUAAUAACAUUAGUAAACUUUGAUGAUGAGACUUUGAAUAGAAUUUUCGGAACUAUUCUUCAUUGGUAUUUUGGAGUUAAUGGAUUUUCACCUGAUGUAACAAAGAAUGAAAACAAACUAAUUAAUGCGACUCUAGAAAUUUAUAAAAUGGCUAUGGCUUAAUUAUUACCUACUCCAAUGAAAAGUCAUUAUUUAUUUAAUUUGAGAGAUUUCGCGAAAGUCAUUAUGGGUGUUUGUAUGGCUGAUAAAGACUCAUGUGCUUCUUAAGAAGUUCUUAUUAGGCUUUGGGCUCAUGAAUGCUGGAGAGUAUUUGCAGAUAGACUUAUUAAUGAAGAAGAUAGAUUACUAAUGUUACACGGAUUAAGAGAAUCUGUCAAAAAAAUUUUCGGACUCAAUUUUGAUACUGUAUUUGAAACUUUGGGUGAUAAAAAAAACAAAGAUAUAAAAAUUGAAACAUUAGAUUAAAUGAGGUCUCUUAUUUUUACUGAUGUUUUAACACCUUUGGGUGUUCCAAAAAGACCAUAUGAAGAAAUUUUGGACAAAGAUAAAUUAUUUGCAGCAUGUUAGGAGUCUCUUGAAAAUUAUAAUAUGAUUUCUGAUAAGCCUAUGGAUUUGGUCUUAUUUUCCUUUGCUGUUGAACAUUUACUUAUUAUUGAAAGAAUAGUCAAAUAAUCUGGAGGAAAUGCACUUUUGGUUGGUGUAGGAGGUUCUGGAAGAUAAUCAUUGACUAGAUUAGCUGCUGGCAUGUUAGAUUAAGCAACUAUUUAAAUCGAAAUUAGUAAGCUUUAUGGAAAAACUGAAUGGCAUGAAGAUAUUAAAAAAAUUCUUAAAAACGCAGGUGGUAAAGGAAUUCAAACUGUAUUUUUAUUUACUGAUUCAUAAAUUAAAUAAGAAGGUUUUGUAGAAGACAUUAAUAAUCUUUUAAAUACUUGUGAAGUUCCCAACUUGUUCGCUGCAGAUGAAAAAGCUGAACUUAUGGAAAUGGUAAGAGCUGCAGCUAAAGCUGAAGGUAAAGCACCUGAAGGUACUCCCGAUUAACUUUAUGGAUAUUUUGUCGAAAGAUGUAGAAAUUAUUUACAUAUUGUUUUAUGUUUUUCACCUAUAGGUGAUGCCUUUAGAAAUAGAGUUAGAAUGUUCCCUUCUUUAGUUAAUUGUUGCACUAUUGAUUGGUUCUUUGAAUGGCCUUAGGAUGCUCUAGUAUCUGUUGCAAAAAAAUUUUUAGAAAAAAUAGAAAUGGAUUUAGAAACAAGAAAGAGUUGCACAGAAAUGGUAUAAUAUUUCCAUUAAUCAACAAUAGAAAAUUCUCAUAAAUUCUAUAACCAUUUAAAGAGAAAAUUUUAUGUAACUCCAACUUCUUAUUUAGAAUUAAUUGUCACUUUCUAAACUUUAUUAGCAGAAAAAAGAAAAGAAGUUAAGUCUUCAAUAGAUAAAUAUGAAAAUGGUUUUAAUUAAAUUAUUACUACAGAAAAGGCUGUAGGGAAAAUGUAAAUUGAUUUGACUGAAAUGGUACCUAAAUUAAAGAAAGCCGCUGAAGAUACAUAAUAAAAAAUGGAAGUCGUAUCAAAAGAAAAAGCAAUAGCAGAUGUACUCGCAGAAGGUAUAUAAAAAGAAGAAGCAGUAGUAUAAAUAGCAGUAAAUGAAGCUAAUGCAAUAAAAGAAGAUUGUGAAAAUGACUUAGCAGAAGCACUUCCAUUGUUAGAAUAAGCAAAUAAUGCAUUAAAUUGUAUAUAAAAACCUGAUAUUGAUUAUUUGAAAUAAAUGAGAAAUCCAGUAGAACCUAUAAGGGCAGUAAUGAAAGCUGUAUGCUAUAUUUUAUAUCCAAAUCCAACGGAGAAGAAGAAAGAAGGUUUUAAAACUGUUGUCGAUUGGUGGGCUGCAUCAGUAAAGUUAUUAGGAGAUAACUUAAUUAAUAAAAUUAGAGAUUAUAAUAAAGAUGAUAUAGACGAAAAGACAAUUCAAAAUUUAAAUACUUACUUUAACGAUGCUGAAGUUAAACCUUUUAUUGAACCUACUGCCGUAGAAAAGGCUUCUCCUGUAUGCUUGAAUAUGUUCUAAUGGGCAAAAGCUAUGUUUGAUUAUUAUUUUGUAAAUAAAAAAGUAAAGCCUAAAAAAGCUGCCUUAGCUGAAUCAGAAGAAAAAGUGUCAAAACUAAAUGCUUAAUUAUCAACUAAAUAAAGAGAGUUAAAAGUGGCAAUGGAUAAGGUUGAUAAUCUUAAUAGAGAUCUUAAAAUUGCAUAAGAUAAUAAAGAAAAUCUUGAAACAAGAUAUCAAGAAUGCUCUGUUUAAUUAGAAAGAGCUAAAACUUUAAUUGAAAAUCUUGGAGGAGAAAAAGGAAGAUGGGGAGAGUUAGCUGAAAACCUUAAAUAAUUCUUUAUUACACUUACUGGUGAUGUUUUAAUUUGUUCAAGUGCAAUUGCUUAUUUGGGACCUUUAACACCUACUUAUAGAUAAUAAAUUUUAGAAGAAUGGGUAAAUAAAUGCUCUGAAAAGAAUAUUCCUAGAAGCGAUAAAUUUAGUUUUUCUUAAGUUUUAGGUGACCCUGUUAAAAUAAGAGCUUGGAAUAUUGACGGAUUGCCAAGCGAUAGUUUUUCAAUUGAAAACGCGAUUAUUAUUUUUAAAUCUAGAAGAUGGCCUCUUUGUAUUGAUCCUUAAGGCUAAGCAAACAAAUGGAUAAAAAAAUUAGAAUAACCUAGAGGUAUUAAUAUUAUUAAACUCACAGAUACUGAUUAUUUGAGGGUUCUUGAAAAUUCAAUUCAAUUUGGUAAACCUGUGCUUUUAGAAAAUGUAGGAGAAGAUCUUGAUCCAUCUUUAUCUCCUAUUUUGCUUAAAUAAACUUUCUAAAAAGGAAAUACAUUAUACAUUAAAUUAGGUGAAACUACUAUUGAAUAUUCAAAUGAUUUUAGAUUCUAUAUUACAACUAAGUAUAGAAAUCCUCAUUAUUUACCUGAACUAUCUACAAAAGUAACUCUUAUAAACUUUAUGAUUACUUAUGAAGGUCUUAAUGACUAACUUUUAGGUAUUUUAGUUAAAAAAGAACGUCCUGACCUUGCUGCGGAAAAAGAAAGACUUAUAUUAGAAGGAGCUAAUAAUAAGAAAGCUUUAGCAGAAAUAGAAGAUAAGAUAUUAUAAGUACUUUCAGGAAAUAAAAACAUAUUAACAGAUGAAUCUGCAAUUAACAUAUUAACAGCAUCAAAAGUAACAUCAAACGAAAUUAAAGAAAAACAAAUAGUAGCCGAAUUAACAGAAAAAGAAAUCGAUGAGGCGAGAUAAACAUAUUAACCAGUAUCUACUUAAGCGUCUUGUCUUUUCUUUACAAUUUCCGAUUUAGGAAAUUUAGAUCCUAUGUAUUAAUAUUCUUUGGUUUACUAUCUUGAUUUAUUCACUUAGGGAAUAUUAAAUUCAGAAAAAUCAGAUGAUUUUGAAAAAAGACUAUAAAUUCUAAAAGAAUAUUUCCUUUAUUCUUUAUAUUCAAAUAUUUGUAGAUCUCUUUUUGAAAAAGAUAAACUUGUUUUUUCUAUAUUACUUUCUGUUAGACUACUUGAAUUCAGGGGAGAAGAAAAUAUUCAAGAAUUUUGGAGAUUCUUACUUACAGGAGGUGUUUCUAUUAAUGAACAUUUACCAGAAAAGCCUGAACAUUUAUCAUGGCUUAGUAUGAAAAAUUGGGGUGAGAUUAAUCGUCUUUCUGAUCUUCAUGGAUUUAAAGGAUUUUAUACAGUAAAAUAAAUAAAAUAUAUUUCUUUUAAUUUAUUUUUUUAGUUAUUUUUAAAUCCUAUAUUUGCUCAGUAAUUUAAAGAUAUAUAUGACUCUUCUUAACCUUAAGAAAUGAAACUUCCAUCAAGUGUAAAAAUUGAAAAAAUGAAUAAAUUAGGACAAUUAUGUAUUCUAAGAACUAUUCGUCCAGAUAAAAUUAUACCUGCUGCUCAACUAUUCAUAAAGGAUUAUUUAGGAAAAUAAUUUAUUGAACCUCCUCCUUUUGAUCUAGCUUUAAUAUAUAAAGAUUCUUUAUCUACUACACCUUUAAUUUUCGUACUUUCACCUGGUAGUGAUCCGUUUGCAAGUUUGAAUGCUUUUGCAAAGAAAGUUGAUAAAAAUAUAAAAGCAAUAUCUCUAGGAUAAGGCCAAGGUCCAAUAGCUUAAAGAAUGAUAAGUGAAGGAUAAAAAACAGGAGAUUGGAUAGUUUUAUAAAACUGUCAUUUAGCAGUAACAUGGAUGACUACACUAGAAAAAUUAUGUGAAGAAAUAUCUCCUGAUGAGAAAGUUACACAUAAGGAAUUCCGUAUAUGGUUAACUUCUUAUCCUUCAAAAGAUUUUCCAACAGCAGUAUUAUAAGCAGGUAUUAAAAUGACUAAUGAACCUCCUAAAGGGUUAAAGAACAAUAUUUAAGGAAGCUAUUUAAUAGACCCAAUUAAUAAACCUGAAUUUUUCGAGAAUUGUGCAACACCAGGUCCUUUUAAGAAAUUGCUUUUCGGUUUAUGCUUUUUCCAUGCUGUAAUUCAAGAAAGACGAAAAUAUGGUCCUUUAGGAUGGAAUAUUUCUUAUGAAUUCAACGAAUCAGAUUUGCGUAUUUGUGUUCGUUAAUUAAAAAUGUUCUUAGAUGAAUUUGGUUAAAAUAUUCCUUACGAUGCUCUUAAAUAUCUUACUGCUGAAUGUAAUUACGGAGGAAGAGUUACUGAUGAUAAAGAUAGAAGAUUAAUUAAUACUUUACUCGAAGAUUAUUAUUGUGAACAAGCUGUUAAUAAUCCAAAUUAUAAAUUCGCUGAAAAUCCUGUAUAUAAACCUCUCGUAUUUGAAACUUCGAAUGAUUAUAUUGAAUAUAUUAGAGAAAAAUUCCCUAUUUUAGCCUCCACUGAUGUUUUUGGUUUACAUACAAAUGCUGACAUUACUAAAGAUAUGAAUGAAACUAACUUCUUUACUGAUUCACUUUUAAUUUGUUCUUCUGCUUCUAGUUCUGGUGGAGGAUAAUCUUUAGAAGAAACACUUAAUAAUUUAUGUAAUAAUAUACUUACUGAUUUCCCUGAAAUAUAUAAUCUUGAUGAAAUUCAAGAAAAAUACCCUGUUAAAUAUGAAGAAAGUAUGAAUACUGUACUUACUUAAGAACUUACCAGAUUUAAUAAAUUAAUAAAAGUUAUUAGAUCUUCAUUAUUUGAUAUAAAGAAGGCAUUAUUAGGAUUAAUUCUUAUGUCUCCAUAAUUAGAAGCUGCGUCAAAAAGUUUAUUUGAUGGAAAAGUGCCUGAUUUAUGGAUGAGUAGUAGUUAUCCUUCACUAAAACCUUUAGGAGGAUAUAUCGCUGAUUUAAGAAAGCGUUUAGUCUUUUUCUAAAAGUGGAUAGAUGAAGGAGCGCCUAUAAACUUUUGGAUAUCUGGCUUUUAUUUCACUUAAUCUUUCUUAACAGGCGUCUUGUAAAACUUUGCAAGAAAAUAUACAAUUCCUAUUGAUGAAGUUUAAUUUGAUUUUGUAAUGUAAAAAGAGUCUGUAGCUGAAAAACCGUAAGAUGGAGCUUGUGUUUAUGGGCUUUUUGUUGAAGGCGCUAAAUGGAAUUAUGAUACCAUGCUUAUGGAUGAAUCUGAUCCUAAAAUUCUGUUUGUUGAAUGUCCAAGUAUUUUACUUGUACCUUGUCAUUUUAAAGAUAUCUCAAAUAUUGCUCAUUAUAAUUGUCCUGUUUAUAAAACUUCGGCAAGAAGAGGUGUUUUGAGUACUACUGGGCAUUCUACUAAUUUCGUUAUGUAUAUUAGAUUACCUACUGAUUAAGAAUAAAAACAUUGGGUUAAAAGGGGUGUGGCCUUAUUAACUUAAUUGGAUGAUUGA